AUGUCUUCCGACAGCAGCGCUUUCGUCGACCUCACGUCCUCGGCUGGCUCUUCUCCUCGUUUCGCUGCGCGUGGUACCCCUGCCACCGUGUCGACUGUCGAGCUGACUGAUCCUUCGCUGGGUCUUGCCGGUGUGCGGGCCUCGCUGAGUGCGCUGCAGCAGUCCCUCGACCAGGUCGAGGCACUGCGCGAGCUUCGCUCGGAUCACGAGUUUCUGCGCCGCGAGUUUCUAACUACACGACGUCGCGCGGAGGAUCUGGAUCGUCAGCUCACCGACGCGACCAAUGCUGCGUCGCCGUACGUACUCUUCUGUCAGCACAAGUACGAUGUGGUUCGCCACAUGCUGGAAUCCACUCGGACGGAGCUCGCCGAGUGCAUGACUGCGUUGCAGGAGCGUCUCGACAACUCCUGCGAGCUCGAGGCUUGCCGCCUUCGGUAUCGCGAUUUGAAACUCCGCUACAACGAAGCGGUGUCAGAGUUCCAAGAUCGGAUCUGCACCUUGGAGGCACAGCUGGCUGCCGCCUCUUCCUUUGGCGUGCUCGUUCCGCCCGAUACAGCUCGUCGCAUAGCGGAUCUGAAGUCCCAGUUUGCACGGUCCCAGUCUGAUUUACAAGUCGCGCGCGAUCGUCUGUCUGCCCUCGCUUCGGAGCUUCGCGAAUCGGCUACGUCCCAUAAGGCUGCUCAGGCUGGGGUAGCUCGUCUCGAAGCCGCGAUCAAGCGCAAGAACUGUCGCCUUCGCACUUUGAAUGACAACUAUGAGCGUCGCCUGAGGGUCGCCGACACCACGAUCGACACACAUACCGCCGAGCUUGGUCGCUUGCAGGAUCGAGUAUCAACACUGGAUCGGGAUCUCCCGCAGGUUUCCCAGCGCGUCCGCGUGGCGAUCUCUCAGAGUGAUCAAGCCAGGGCAGAGCGUAUCGCCAACCAGGAUCGUGCCUCAGCGGCUCGCGAUACUUUCGCCCGGCUGGAAAAACGGAUCAACCAAGUCGAGAAGUCUCAGAAGUCGCGUCAAGAUCUCGAGCUCGCGCUCGCUACGCUUCAGUAG